UAAAACGGAAGCCUUGUGGGGCCACCUAUGAUGCUGAUAAUGGAACUCUCUUGAAAGGGUCCAUAACAUCCACAGGUUGGGAGUGAAGCUAAAGUGGGAGGAUGCAGGAGGGAUGAAGUCGUCAUUGCCAGGCUCAGAAUUGGGCAUACUGAAUGAACAGCACCCAGUGAAGGGCACCACUCACAGGGAGCAGUGGAAAGAUCAAUUACAGAGAGCUGGAUGCACAGGCUUUAAUCUAGCUGCAGUUCUGGGAUCUGGAGUAAGGCCAGCGGGACUGAUCAGGUUCCUCAAGAGUGCAGGGCUAUAUAUAUAUAUUUUCUUUCUGUGGGUGUAUGUAUGUGCAUGUGUGGGUAUAUGUAUAUAUGUUUAUUUCCCCUCUCCUUUCUCCUUUUAUUUAUUGUUGCUGAGACGCCAUAACCUGCAUUGGCAAUAUGUUGAUCUGUAGGUGGCGGUAUGCGCCAGUGGGUGUAACCCGCCAUUAACCCGAAAGAAGAAGAAGAAGAAAGUGUGGAGCUAACGACAGUAGUCUGGUUGUUGUGAGCGGCUUACGCUUAGAUAUUUAGUACGGAAACGUGUGCUAAUGUUUAUCUAAACCGCUAUAUCUUACUGAGGAGGUUGUAGUCUUUUUAAACUCAGUAUUUCAUAGUCAUCCGUUAAUCUGCUAACUGGAAGACGACAUGCAGCAGGGCUCGACCUCGCGCUGGCAGCAUCUGUCCCCGUCAAAUCACACCGAUUCUGGAAGGCUACGAGGAGUUAUCACAAAG